AUGGGGCCGGCCCGCGCCCGCCUCCUCCCCCGGGGCCCCAUUCCCACGGAGGGGAGCAGGUAUUUCCAGAUGUGCGGGCCCGCGCUGGCCUCCCAGGCCGCCCCCAUGCCCCCCGACUCCCCGAGCCCCCCGUCUGACUCUCCCUCUAUCCUUCAGGGGAGUCCGGGGGCUUUUGCAGGGCCCUUGGCAGAGGCCGUCCUCCAUGCACCCAACAGCCUCAUCCGACAGCACCCCACCCCUCCACACCUCCACCACACCUCAGCCAGCAGCACCUCAGCCAACAGCACCUCAGCCAACAGCACCUCAACCAACAGCACCUCAGUCAACGGCACCUCAACCAUCCACACCUCAGCCAGCAGCACCUCAGCCAACAGCACCUCAACCAUCCACACCUCAGCCAGCAGCACCUCAGCCAACAGCACCUCAACCAUCCACACCUCAGCCAGCAGCACCUCAGCCAACGGCACCUCAACCAUCCACACCUCAGCCAACAGCACCUCAGCCAACGGCACCUCAACCAUCCACACCUCAGCCAACAGCACCUCAGCCAACGGCACCUCAACCAUCCACACCUCAGCCAACGGCACCUCAGCCAACGGCACCUCAACCAUCCACACCUCAGCCAACGGCACCUCAGCCAACGGCACCUCAACCAUCCACACCUCAGCCAGCGGCACCUCAGCCAACGGCACCUCAACCAUCCACACCUCAGCCAACAGCACCUCAGCCAACGGCAUCUCAAUCAUCCACACCUCAGCCAACGGCACCUCAGCCAACAGCACCUCAACCAUCCACACCUCAGCCAACGGCACCUCAACCAUCCACACCUCAGCCAACAGCACCUCAGCCAACAGCACCUCAACCAUCCACACCUCAGCCAAUAGCACCUCAACCAACAGCACCUCAACCAUCCACACCUCAGCCAACGGCACCUCAGCCAACGGCACCUCAACCAUCCACACCUCAGCCAGCAGCACCUCAGCCAACAGCACCUCAACCAUCCACACCUCAGCCAACAGCACCUCAGCCAACGGCACCUCAACCAUCCACACCUCAGCCAACAGCACCUCAGCCAACGGCACCUCAACCAUCCACACCUCAGCCAACAGCACCUCAGCCAACGGCACCUCAACCAUCCACACCUCAGCCAAUAGCACCUCAACCAACAGCACCUCAACCAUCCACACCUCAGCCAACGGCACCUCAGCCAACGGCACCUCAACCAUCCACACCUCAGCCAGCAGCACCUCAGCCAACAGCACCUCAACCAUCCACACCUCAGCCAACAGCACCUCAGCCAACGGCACCUCAACCAUCCACACCUCAGCCAGCAGCACCUCAGCCAACAGCACCUCAACCAUCCACACCUCAGCCAACAGCACCUCAGCCAACGGCACCUCAACCAUCCACACCUCAGCCAACAGCACCUCAGCUAACGGCACCUCAACCAUCCACACCUCAGCUAACAGCACCUCAGCCAACGGCACCUCAACUAUCCACACCUCAGCCAACAGCACCUCAACCAACAGCACCUCAGCCAACAGCACCUCAGCCAACGGCACCUCAACCAUCCACACCUCAGCCAACAGCACCUCAGCCAACAGCAUCUCAGCCAACAGCACCUCAACCAACAACACCUCAGCCAACAGCACCUCAACCAACAGCACCUCAGCCAACGGCACCUCAGCCAGCAGCACCUCAGCCAACAGCACCUCAGUCAAUGGCACCUCAACCAACAACACCUCAGCCAACAGCACCUCAACCAACAGCACCUCAGCCAUCCACACCUCAGCCAGCAGCACCUCAGCCAACACCUCCACCAACAGCCCAAGCUGGUCCGAGAAGGUGCUGGCAGGUGAGGACUCGGUGCGCCUGGCACCCUGCGGGUGA